CCUUCCGAACCUGACAGACUCGCCACCGGGACGGAUUACCUUUUACGUUCCGGGUUCCCGGUUUACACUAGCGGAAGUGACGUAAUGUACUAAUACAACAACAACGUCGCGGCGGAUUAUGUCAGUGAGGAACAGCAUGAGGCUACGAAGGUAAAAAGACACGGAAGUAAAGCGAGGGGAAAUUGGCCUGAGAGAAUGAGAUUGACGUAAACCGUGGCCGUGAAAGUUUUUUAAAAAAACACACUCAAAGUAAAGCAAGAAGAAAACACAUCACUUAACAUUCAGAUAAUGGAAUCUUCAACAAAUCUAGAUGUUGGUGCCCAGUUAAUUGUGGAAGACUGUUCUGGCAGCUAUAGCCUGUCUCACAUGCCAGAUAUUAAAGUGGAGCAUCACCUUGAUUCCAGUGCUGAGGGAGGGCCAGCUCAAAAUGUUGCCAUGGGAAUGAAAUUCAUUUUACCCAAUAGGUUUGAUAUGAAUGUGUGUUCUCGGUUUGUCAAAUCCUUGAAUGAAGAAGAUAGUAAAAACAUUCAAGAUCAAGUAAACUCUGACCUUGAAGUGGCAUCUGUAUUAUUUAAAGCAGAGUGCAAUAUGCAUACUUCUCCUUCUCCUGGAAUUCAAGUAAGACACGUCUACACCCCAUCAACUACCAAGCACUUUUCACCCAUAAAACAGUCAACCACGUUAACUAACAAGCACAGGGGAAAUGAAGUUUCCACAACACCUUUGCUUGUAAACUCUCUUUCCAUUCACCAGUUGGCAGCACAGGGAGAAAUGUUGUAUUUAGCUACACGCAUAGAGCAAGAAAAUGUAAUCAACCAUACGGAUGAAGAAGGCUUUACCCCUCUGAUGUGGGCUGCAGCGCAUGGACAGAUAGCAGUGGUAGAAUUUCUGCUUCAAAAUGGUGCAGACCCACAGAUCCUGGGGAAAGGGCGAGAGAGUGCACUGUCAUUGGCCUGUAGUAAAGGAUACACAGACAUUGUCAAGAUGCUGCUUGACUGUGGAGUUGAUGUAAAUGAGUAUGACUGGAAUGGUGGUACACCUUUACUCUAUGCUGUACAUGGAAACCAUGUAAAAUGUGUCAAAAUACUCUUAGAACAUGGUGCUGAUCCUACCAUAGAAACAGAUUCUGGAUAUAAUUCCAUGGAUCUGGCUGUAGCCCUGGGACAUCGUAGUGUUCAACAGGUUAUCGAGUCACACUUAUUAACACUCCUUCAAAACAUCAAGGAAUAAUGAUAUUGUCAUUAUGAAGCAAGACUUUGUAUGUAUAGAUGGACUAUGUUUUAGCACUGAUCAUCUUGGUAAAGACUUUUUUGUUUUAAUCAGUAACGUAGUUCAAUCAUUGGGGGAUGGGGAGGAGAGAGAGACUAAUUUCUUUCCAAGUAAGUGAAAACUACAUUUUAUGAGCAAUGCUGCAAUCCUAAUUUGCCACCCAUACCUGGGGUUUUGGCAGUUCCUGUUAGCCUGCACAUUUUUUACCAGAUAGAGUAGGGAGCAGCACCAGAGCCAUGGUGGUGACUAUAGUCUGCCACCUGCCCCAGCAAGCCUUUCCUUUGCCAUAGUGUUGAUUUAUCAUAGCAGCAGAAAACAGCGUACAAGAUGGCUUGAUGGGGCUACUUUGUGAAACUCUCAGCUGUAUCUUUGGGCAUGAAGGUUGGAUUCAGGAAAACUUUCUGAGGGUUUUCUCAGUCUACACUUCUCUCAUUGGUAAGAUUUUAACACGGCUCCAUUUCAUGUAUUGGGCUGAUGUUCACAGAUGUUUAUAAAACCAAACCUAUCCCACUUGUAAAUAUCUCAUGCAAAGUUGUACAGUGCCUUGCAAAAGUAAUCAGACCCCUGACCAAUGCUCUCGUAUUACUGAAUUACAAAU